AUGGUUACGAUGACAAGGGCCAUGUCCAACGGCCGGAAACCAGUGAAAUCCCGAAACAUCGCCCUAAUGAGCAUCUUCGGCGUAAUCGGCGGAACAUGGCUGAUGUUCCGCUUCCUCGCUCCACAGCGAAGUACAUUCAUCACGAGAAACGAAGAGAUUGCUGCAUUCCGUGCAGGUGACUCAAUGCAAACAGAUCAAGGAGACAGACCUGCUAUGCCUUCAAGAAAGGGAUAUCAAGUUCCUAGAGGCACCGUUUAG